AUGGCAGAUCUUCUCGAAGAAGAAGAAGGUGAGCCAUGGGGACAGUCCCUGCCACCCUUCUCUCAACACUUGAGAGAAAACAUCCUUCAGAAAUAUCCAGACAGCGGACAGAUCCUAAAGGAACUGAUCCAAAAUGCAGACGACGCAGGCGCUACCGAGGUGUCAUUUCUCCUUGACCAUACCGACUACCACACAUGUGGAGUCCCAUGCAGGGUUGCUGGACUCCAGCAGUACCAGGGACCGGCCCUGUACGCCUUCAACAACGGCGUGUUCACGGAGCAGGACUGGCAGGGUAUCAAAGACACCGAACAGGGGGCGAAACGGAAGGACCCAUUGCGGAUUGGGCGGUUUGGGGUUGGGUUCAACUCAGUGUAUCAUAUCACAGACAUGCCAAGCGUUAUGAGUGGAAACUACAUCCUCAUCCUGGAUCCACUGAACACAGCCUUUCCUGAAGGCGGGCGGCGCUUCAAGAUCGCCGGCUGGAUGAGGAGGUACGCAGAAUUCCUUCCCUUCUUAGACAAGCUAGGGAAUAAGAUAUACCAUUACCCCCAAACGCUGUUUCGUUUCCCCUUGCGCACCGCUCCAUCUGAUCUGUCGGAUACCAUCUACACACCGGCAAGAAUGCGCGAGCGUUACAGUGAACUCAUUGCGGACAGCGAUUGUCUCCUCCUAUUUCUCAAGAACGUAGAGAAAGUUACCUUUAAAGAGAGGUAUGGCAUCCAUGGCGAAAAAGUUGCUCUUAUCACAAUUGACAAAGAGCACGACAAGCCACGGUGGGCAAGAUUUCUCGAAGAUGUAUCCUUGGGGAAAAGGGAUGUCGAGAGCUGCGAACCAGUGAUAAUAAGAACUAAAAACGCACAAGGCGAAGAGGCGACAUCUGAGUGGUUAGUGAAGACCAAAGUGUACGAUCUUCCUGACCGCGUGGAACAGCAGUUGUGCAGCCGGCUAGAAGUCAUACCGUGGGUAGGGGUGGCAAUGAGGGCACACGAGCCUCCAAAGGGGCGAGUGUUUUGCUUCCUUCCACUGCCUUCUGACCCAGAGAACUCCACCGGCCUCCCAGUACACGUCCACGGGUACUUCGGCCUCAGCGACAACCGGAGAUCUGUGACGUGGGAGUCAUCCGACCAACGAGACGACACGACCGAGUGGAACAAGCUGUUACUCACACGUCUCAUUCCUGAAGCAUAUGCAGAGCUACUAGAGGCAGCCACAGUUCACUUUAAAGAAUCCCGCACCGCCUUACCGUCCCUGGUAUACGACUCAUGGCCAGACCAAUUGCAAAUGACAACAAGAUGGGAAGAUCUUCUUUCCCAAUUCGCAGCGAAUGUCGUCAAGUUAUCCGUAUUUCACACGAAGGCUUCAGACGGACAAUGGCUACAUCUCUCUGAGAUUUGCACCAAUGACAUUGACAACAAAGGUAUCAAAUACGCAGUCGAUGAAAUACUGCUUGGUGCAGGUGUCGACGUUGCGACGCUUCCAGUACAUGUGAAAGCCACUGUAGUAACAGAACCUGACGACGAGCCAAAAUCCGUGUCUCCCGAUUUGGUAAGAAAAACACUGAAGCGUAUCCCCGAUAUGCAAUUAAAUACUACCAGACUAAACAAGCUUCAUCUGCUGGAAUACACAAUGUCUGACAGCUCUUACAAGGACAUGGUAGGCUUACCUCUCCUACCUCUCAAGUCGAAUGAGUUCACGUGUUUUACACGUGCAAACGCGGGGCCAGUUGUGUAUCUGUCCUCUGAAAGACACCCCGCAAGUCUUCUACCAUGCCUCAACCACCGGUUGGUUGAUGAUGACAUCGGCCCAGAACUUUCAAAACACCUAGUGACCUUGGCACAGACAAGGGUUACACAAGUUCGAGAGUUGACCCCCAGUGACGUUGUGAGGCUACUACCCUCCGCGUUACCUCAACAAUGGCUCCAAGGGUCCCCGAGACAGAUUCUAUGGCAAACAGAAAAGGUUGCGCAGCCCCCAAAGAAAUGGCUUUCAACAACUUGGGAAUGGAUAAUACAAGAGUUUCCUGAUUCGCUGGAGCAAUUUGAGAGUUUACCGCUUCUUCCAGCAAACACUCCAUCUCUUCAGAGCAGAGAUGUCACCCUCUUUCCACUACGCAAAUUUGGGGCAAUGAUGAAGGAGGGAGGAUCUUCGAAACAACUCGGCAUUUGUGACAUCAUGGAAAAAGUUGGCGUUAACCUCGUAGACUCCGCAGUGCCGACAGUCAUUCCACACAAAUGUCUGAUGUCACGCUACAUUGUUCAACCGACGCCAGCAGGGGUCUUGUCCGUUCUCAAUGGACGGGAGAAAUUGGUUGGAGCCUUGCUGACCAGAGACGAGAAGGUCCGGCUGAGACGUUUCCUUUCAAAAAUGGAAGACGAAGACUUGACGGCAGAACGCAGAAUCGUAUUGAGCAACCUUCCAAUACUGGAACGCCAGAAGACCACCGGACCAUCUGCCCCGACUGAGUUUACAUCAGCCAAGUGCACGUCUGUGGCAAUGCCAAACGACGACUUUCCCAAAGAUGUACGCAUACCAUUGAAACGGUGGCUUCUCUCUUCACGUGAUAGCAGUUCUGUGAACAUUCACAGGCUACUAAAGCUCCAAAGCUUGACGCUGGCAAAGCUAUUAAUCGAAGACGUUCUACCCGUGACGCCAGACUUGCCUCCUACAAAUGUGCAGAAAUUAAUGACCUGGGUCCUUGACAGGCUACCCUCCCUACAGCUUCAAGCGAGCGGCAUCGUAGACCAUAUUAAGAGCAUCGCAUUCGUUACUCUGUACGGUGGUGAAGUUGCUAAACCCUUAGAACUUUUCGACCCCACGCGUUCUGAGCUCCAGGACCUUUUUGCGGGUGAAAACGUGUUUCCUACCGGUGAAUACCGUACAGAGCCACGUUUUUCCAGACUGAAGCAGUUGGGGCUGAAGACUAAACCGGCAAUAAAUGAUGUACUGAAAAGUGCCAGGCUGGUGUCAGAUAUGGAACCACGUAUUGCCAUCAAAAAGGCCAAGAUGGUUUUUAAAUAUGUGAUGAACAAGCCCCGUUCAUUACGUUUCACUGAAGGCGACCAACAGUUACUCAAAAGAUAUGAGUGGAUGCCCUGCAGACGACAGAGACCAGAAGGCUAUUCUCCUGAAUUAGGGUGGUUUGGGAAGAACGUAGUAACGGCUAGGCCUCAGGAUGUAGCUGACAAGACGAUGAUAAACCUGGUAGGAUCAACGAUGCCCAUCUUAGAUGGCGAUGCUUCUGAAGAUUUCAAGUCCACCUUCGAUUGGCCAAAACCGCCACCAAUCGACAAGGUUGCCCAGCACCUGAAAUCAGUCAUCCACACCUACGUGAAUAGUACGCCAGGGAGUGGGUUGGGGGCUCUUUCCGACAUGAUCAUCCAGAUUUACCAGUACUUUGCCGAUACGCAAGUGAGUCGUGAACAGCUUCAGAACGAGUUUUCUCGUCUUGGUCUGACAAAUUGGGUUUGGCACGGGAGUGACUUUACCUCCCCUGAGAGAGUUGCCGUCCGUUCAGACAUGACUUUCGAUCUCAGUCCUUAUCUGUUCGUUCUCCCUCCCCAACUCAUCUCUGACGAAGGACUGAGAAACUUCUUCUUGCAGAUGGGAGUUUCCGAGACAUUUGGGAAUGAACAUGUCGUGAAGGUGUUGCAAGACAUCCAAGGGGACGGGAAAGGGUCGAUGUCUCAGUCGGAACUAGACCUUUGCAUAAAAAUCAUCAACUUUCUGACGAAAAACUGCACUCAAGAGUGCACUGCAGAGGGUCUGUUGGUUCCGACACAAGACGACGAUGGCCAGACUAGACUUGCACCACCCAAGGACUGCAUGUACUGUGAUAGCGAUUGGCUUCGUGAGAAAGGACCUGAAUACAAAGAGGUUAAAUCAUUUCGAAUGCUACACCAAAGUAUUUCUCCCACAAUGGCUAACCUGCUUGGAAUCCCAUCCAUGACGCACAAAAUUGUUCAACCUAAAGCUCUUGGACCAGGUAUGAAACUCUUCGGACAGAAGGAACCAAUCACAAGACGACUGAAGACAAUCAUAGAUGAGUACAAAGAAGGCUCUGGAAUCUUUUAUGAGCUCAUCCAGAAUGCUGACGAUGCAGGUGCAACUGAAGUGAGGUUUGCCGUAGAUUGGAGACAAAACUCACAAGCUAGGAAGUCAUUGUUGUCCGAUGGCAUGGCCGAUUGCCAAGGCCCCGCACUCUGGGCUUACAACAACAAGGUGUUCACAGACGAAGACAUACAAAACAUCACGGAGAUCUCUGGAGCGACGAAGAAAAAGGACACCAACAAAAUCGGCAGGUUCGGCUUGGGAUUCAACUCUGUCUAUCACAUCACAGACGUGCCAAGCUUCAUCAGUAGGAACUACUUCGUCUGCUUCGAUCCGCACACAACACAUCUGUCACCACUGGUGAAUCACAGUGAACCAGGGAUCCAGAUUGACUUGAGUCGAGAUGAAGUACGAAGUACUUACAGUGAUCAGUUCAAGCCGUUCGACGGCAUAUUUGACUGUGACAUCUUCACCUCUGACAGGUAUCCAGCCACACUGUUCCGAUUUCCUUUCCGUACUGAGCAAGAGGCCCAGCGUAGUGAAAUCAGCAGCACAAUGUACGAUCGUGAGCGAUUGUUUCAGCUUUUAACCCACUUUGCUCAGAGUCUCGACACUCUCUUACUCUUCACCGAACAUGUUCGCUCUGUGACAGUUAUGGAAAUAGAUGAAGAGGGGAGACACAAAGACCUGAUGCACGUUAAGAGCACAGUCAAGCCUCUGAUAGAGUCCCUACCACUAAACUACCAACAGACUAAAGACCAACCACCCGGCCUCCUGCAAAUAACAUCAUCGUACAUGAAAGACCAACAGAAGAGAUGUCUCCAAGAAAUACCAUCGAGACUAAAUGACGUCUCAAUGGAAGUAUUUGACAGCAGGAUAGCGAUAGAACCAGUGACAGGUAUAUCCACGAGUUGGAUGAUCUCUUCCUGCAUUGGAUCAGCUGAAUCUCUGAAGAUGGCUCAAACUCAAGAGGGAAGAGAGAACGGUCUGCUUCCAUGCGCAAGUGUUGCAGCAUGCCUCCAAACAGGCACGGCUCUUCCAACAAGAAUCGAAGGGAAAGCUUUCUGUUUUCUCCCUCUGCCAGAAUGCACGGGCCUGCCCAUACACGUGAAUGCUCCGUUUGCCAUACUUUCAAGCCGACAAGGAAUCUGUAAGAGUUCUGGCUCGGGCAUGACGCAACCAAUAGAAUUGGAGUGGAAUAAGUGUCUUCUACGGGACGCUAUCCCCUCUGCAUAUCUUACCCUUCUUCAACAUCAUGCACUUGUGAAAGGCAAUUCUGUAUCGCAUAUCAGUGAUCCAUUUGGCAUUUGGCCAAACAAAGCAAACAUGCAAGAUCCUUUGUUUCGAGAAAAUCUUGUGCCUUGCUUCUAUAAGAAGGUCUUGAAGUCACCAUCGAAGAUCCUACUCUCCUUGAAGAAAAAUCGGAUAUGCAUGAAAGAGGCCUCCUUCCUACACCCCUCUGUCAGAGAGAGCCCAGUUGGCAGUGAAGCCCUACAGAUACUGUCCAUUUGGAUGGACCAUGUCCAGGAGCAAGCGCCGGUUGUUGAUCUGCCUCGGUGGGUGUAUGAGGGGUUUCGUACGUGCAACGACCCUGAGAAAACUGUCGAAAAAAGAGCGUUCAGCUUGGAUACCUUGCUCAGUGGGGUCUUCUGUCCUGCAGUGAAGAAAGGCUAUCUGUCAGAUCACAGGUCUAUCCUCGACAAAUUUGUUCUUUAUCUACUUGAUGAGGUCUUUGCUGAACAUUCAGCAGAAAGACAAAUAUCGUACACGGCGUUACGAGAGCUCUCUUGUGUGCCAAGCUCUCCACAAGGUAACGUACUGCGCUGCCCAUGUGAAUUAGUCGACCCUAAGGGCACAGUGGCCAAACUUUUCGACGACGAUGACCAAAGGUUUCCAUACGGUGAAGAGCUCAGGAAACUUAAGAGAAUGGAAUCUCUUAGGCAACUGGGGAUGAUGGUGAACACUCUCCCAUGGAACUUAAUAUUUGAACGUGCAACAUCUUGUGAGAAGCUGUAUCAGGGAAAAGACCACCGUAAAGCUCUUGUAAGGAUGUCGUUUCUCUACACAUUCAUCAUGGGAAAGCCUGCUCUUAACAAAAACAAGGCGAGUAUGACAAGUUUUGCAAGGAUCGCCGUGCAGCAUCUGCUGAUGGUCGCAGAUAACCCACCUACGGAUCAGGACAGUCUACCAGCCCUUCAGACCUUUUGCCAUGCAGUGUAUGCGCUUCUUCAGAGCACCACUUGUAAGACAAUAACCCAGGAUGGAAAGAGGAGGGAGCAAUGUGUCAUCAGUGAUGAUGAUGUAAAGAACAAUCUCACCGACAGGCCAUUUGUCUACAUCACCAAGGACGGCAACUUUGUAAGACCGAGAGAGCUGGCCUUCAAGAAUCAAGGACGAGCUAUGAAAAUGCUCAAAGUUGUACCAGUCGAACUUCAAAAGUACAGUACUUUUCUUAGAUCUUGUGGAGUCCGGGAGUAUUUUGAGGCCACAGACUUUGUAGACGCUUUGAAAAAUAUCGCAGACAAGUACGGAGGCCAGCCACUUGACGCAGUCGACCUUCAGGAUUCACUCGCUCUGGCUCAUAACCUUGAAAAAGAGCAUGGCCGUCUUGGCAUCAAAAUGUCUUUGAGAAGCAGAGUCUUCCUGCCUGAUCAGAAAGGGAUUCUUCGAACAAUUCCGGAGCUUACAUACGACGACGCCCCUUGGCGACGUAAAGACCCUUCGACUCACGACUACCUCUUCGUCCACCACGAUAUCCCACCCAAACAAGCCGUGAUUUUCUUUGGUGUGGAGACUGUGAGGUCCAAACUGGUCGACCAAACAGCUGAGGACUUUGGCGACAUUGGAGAAGAAUUUGGCCAAGGUGAGGAACUCACCGACAGGAUCAAGGGCAUUCUGGAAUCAUAUUCCACACCAAUCGACAUUUUCAAAGAACUGCUUCAGAAUGCAGACGAUGCAGGAGCAACUGAAGUCAAGUUCAUACACGACAAAAGACGUCAUUCAGAGGAAAAGAUCUUCAGCACAGAAUGGAACCAUCUGCAGGGUCCAGCUCUACUGGUGUACAACAACAAAACAUUCAGUCAAAGUGACAUCAAGGCAAUCCAGAAGAUCGGAAAGGGAAACAAACAAGAGACGGAUGUCGCCAUAGGGAAGUUCGGUGUCGGCUUCAACGCCGUGUAUCACAUCACAGACUGCCCCUCCUUCAUCACAGACUCACAACGGAUGUGUAUAUUUGACCCACACACUCGAUAUAUCCCAGGAGCUACAAUGAGAAGGCCAGGGCGGUUGGUUCCUAUGGAAGCUUUGGAAGAUAGCUUUCCAGACGUCCUAAAAACGUUCGUCGUGCCAAAUCAAGAAGCCCCUUUAAAAGGUUCCACUUUGUUUCGCUUGCCUUUACGCUCAGAAGGAAUGCCAUCAAGCAACAUCACAGACGAUACAUUUCAAUCCACUGAUAUUGACUCCAUGAUGGAGUCAUUUUGGAAGAAAGCCAACCAGGCCAUCUUGUUUCUCAAUAACAUCGAGAAAGUGUCCUUCGCCACAAUUGAAGGAAAUGAUCCAAAUCAACAAAAACAAGAACGCUACACUAAACACUAUGUUGUAAGAAAGGUAUUGUCCGAGGCAACAAAGGCCAAGCGAGGUGCUCUUGCACAACACAUCAAGUGGCAAUCAUCACAAAGUCAGAGGACUGACAGGACACAUGGCAUGCUAUCCAUUACACCGAAACAGGAAACGUACCAACUUGACAUUGAGGAGACUGAUGACGAGGAGGUAUCUGUCAAUAAGUGGCUUAUUUCAGAGAGAGUGGGGUUCGACAAGCCACCAGACCUCCACACAGAAGAGCUGUCAUUUGCCCGACUAAAGUACUUUGUGCCACGUGUAGCUGUUGCAUCUUUGCUUGAUGAGACUCGGCUUGACAGAUCACAACCUCCCAUCGUUGAGGGUAAAGCGUUUUGCUACCUUCCUUUGCCAACAAAAACGACGUGUCUUCCCGUUCACGUCAACGGCCACUUCGCCCUAGAUUCAUCCAGGAGAAACCUAUCAAGCAGUGGUCUUCAUGGGAAGUGGAACGAGCUGUUGAAAACACAGCUGUUGGCGCAGGCUUACUUUGACUUACUGGUAGCUGCAAAAGAAGAGUUGCUGUCACCAACGUCUUCUACUAAAGGAUUCGACCAAAUUGAACAGUACUGCUCAUUGUUUCCUGUGGUGAACGAGAAGGCAGAGGCGGUUUCGUUCAACGCGUUAGCAGCUGAAGUGUACCGCAUCAUCGCAAGCAGAGACGGAACUCUUUUGCCCGUGGUUGUGAACGACGAGCAGCCUAUAGUACACUUUAAAAGACCCAGUGAAUGCUUGUUCGAAGAUGAAAGAGACGACGUGGAUGAUGCCGAAUGUCCAGGGCACACACAAAGCCGUUCCGCCAAGGUGGUUCUCUUAGCCAUUGGGUGCAAUAUUGUUGAAACGGAAUACAUGAAAAAUGUGUACACAAACUUCCAACAUGCCAGAAGCCCCGUUGAGAAGUUUUCCCCAUCUUCAGUUGUCGAAUGGCUGCGGGCACAAGACCUUUACGACUUGAAAGAUACCUGCCUUACUAAAGUUGCUUCUUGUCUUCAAGAGCUCCUGAAGUACUGCUUGUACCCGGUUCGGGAGGAGUCCCAAGACCUGGAUUCCUGCCUCCAUGAUGUGCCUUUGCUUCUUGCACAAGACAAGAAACUCUACCGAUUCAAUAAGGAUGAACACGCGUUCGUAUCCAAGUACCAUGCGCUUGUUUCUGCAAAGUACUCAUACAGGUUUGCCCACGAGACCCUUGUAGACCUGUUGUUCUCUCUUCUUCAACAAGACCAAGCAGGCAAAGUCAUCAAGCGUUUCGACAUGCAAGACAUGGCAUUGCUAGCAAAGUGCCAUCCAGACAUCUUCCCAUCUGAAUGUUUGAUUCCAGCAACUGGACAUUGCAGUUGGCACCCAGAGAAGGCAACGACGCAACCAACCACAGAGUGGAUAAAACUUCUGUGGAAAUUCUUACUCGACAGCACAAAGAAUAAACAGGAUCUUCGCCCCAUUGAGAACUGGCAGAUCAUUCCUAGCAAACGGCCGUCACUUUUCUCUCUUGCCAAUGCAAAGAUGACCUUUACAAGAGAAACCGACAAAGUUCUGGGUAUCUUGAAGAAACUGCAAUGUCCAUUUGUAAACGAGGAUCUUCUAGGUGAAGGAUUAAGCAUCAUCCACAAAAGUCUCGCUUCACCAACAAGUAGCAAAGACGUGAUAACUGUGCUUGAAGGAGUCAUGAAAGAGGGGCACAGUCUGGAAGGCAUUUUGAACGAACAGGAGUGUUCUGAUCUACUUAUACACCUUCAGCGAGACAUUGGUGACAUCAGAGGCAGUGAAAUUGACAUCCUUAAAAGCCUCCCUGUGUUUCAAACCUUAGACGGGGUGCACAUAAGUCUCUGUGGUGUCAAGGAGGUACUUGUGUUGGACAAGUGCUGGACAGAAGAGGGUGCAAAGCAGUGGCGUCCCGCAUUUUCCACAGAUGUGAGCGGCGAAGACGACGAUGAUGAUGGUGGUGGUGAUGAUGAUGUAUUGGACAUUAAUGCUCUGCUAAAGCACACUGGACGUGUGGUUUUGAGUCGCAAUGAGGCCUUGCUCGCUCUGUACAAAGCUGUGGGAGUGACGACAGUUAGCCAUGUGAUACUAUAUGUCCAGUAUAUCCUUCCUUCUUUCAAUCUCUUGAAGACAUCUGAGGAGUGCAUACCGUACAUCACUUACAUCAAAGACGAUUUACUGCCUUCUCUCCCGAUUGCCAGCUCAGAAAGGAAACAGCUCCUGCAGAAACUAAGGUCGACGGCAUUUAUCCCACAUAUUGACGGUAAACUGGUCACCUCUGAUCAGUUUUACAACCCAAAUGUGUCACUAUUUUCUGUGGCCAAGGACCAUGUGGACUUCAUUCAGUUUCCUCCAAGUCCAUUCUGGGAGAAGACUUGGAUAGACUUCUUGGUGGAAGUCGGCUUAAAAACAACAAUGGAUCCAAACCGAUACUUACAGUGUGUGAAGACGGUUGAGGAACAGUCAUGUGGAAAGCGGUCUCCAGAGUCCACAAAUAUUGAGCAUCUGGCCAGGGAAUUGGUGACAUACCUGUUCAAGCAUGUGAAUGACCUUGAGUCUGUGCUGGAAGAGGUAUCGGAAAGCUAUUUCCUCCCGUGUCACCCAGCACCCCAGCAUCUGACAGAGAUUCACCCGAGUGUGGACAAGGGAACCAUCUGUUUCCGCGGGUCGGUGACAUCUGAUCAGCAAUCCUUAGUCUGGACCACGUCUCUGGUUCUUCCGCAGUGGGCCAGUCCCCGCACAGAUAAACUGAAGAAUCUGCUGGGCGUGCAGAACCGUCCUUCACUUGACGAUGUCAUCGCCAACUGUGUCAACGUCUGUUCUGAAGUAGAGGAUGUAGAUGUUGAUCACAAUGUCCUUUCUGUCAUGGAGAGAAUCUACCACUUCUUUCAGAAGUCUUGCACAUCUGCAUCUCAUUGCUUCGAAGACAAAUUGUUGCUUCCUGGAGAAGGAUGCGGCAAUUGUCAGCAAAUCAGUAGGAAACUAAUUCAUGUCCCGUGUGUCAUUGUCGAAGCGGGUUCUAACCACCGGUUUAGCGUCGGAGCGAAGGUUGUCUUCGAAAUGAGCCAUGAAGACAGACAAGUCUUCGAUGGAUAUCUCUUUCAUCUGUUCAGACCGUUAGGGCAGUACGAGGCUUUAUUCAGAUGUCAAGGAGUUACAGAAAGCGUAACACUAGGAAAGUACGCACUUGUUCUGAGCGAAUUCGUGAACAGGUACGGCUCAGUAACCCCCCUUGAUGAAAACACCUCGCCCUGGAAGGCUGCUUGUGCGGCAGUUGGGCGUAUCGUCGACCUAUCAUGCGGAGCAAACGGACCAAAAGAGUGGCAGGACUUCAGAUCCCAAACAUCCCAUCCGGUACUUUACCUUCCAACUGAACUCAAGACCCUAGUACCAUCACAAGACAUAGUCAUAAUUGAAAGCAAAGAUUAUGAUCGGAGCAGCGUGGAGAGUCAUAAGAAAGUUCUUACACCUUUGUUAAGGCUGUCUCGAGAAGCUGUGGAGUCUAUUCCUGAAGACCUUCGCCCGGUAUUCUUGAGUGACAUCACUGAAGAGGAGUUCUCUGAAAACUCUACCCCAUGUAAGGAUGGACAAGAAUGUCCUUUCCUCGCAUUCUUUACCAAGACAUUCCUAGAUGAGACGUUUGCUCGUUCGUUAGCACUUGCCACAUCAGACAGAGGAAAAUUCACCAACAAAAGCGAAUUGAUCCCCAAGAUCCAUGCGAGGCUUGCCGGCAUAGAACUGCACUGCUACAGUAUUAUAGAACUGCAGCAGCUCGACUUGCAAAAUCAGAGCACCCUGUCACAGAACGGCAAAGAAUUUCAAGCGUAUCUGUCAGUGAUGUCAAGUGAUAGCUCAAGCUGUGUUAAAAUCUACAUGAAACACAAUGCCACUCAGUUAGGGGAUGACGCUUGUGCAACCUUCCAUCUCCAACUUGCAGAAGCGCUUUGUGAUGUGUUCAAGGAGUACAACAUGGAUCUUGGAAGUGUUCUGCAAGAGGUUAUGAAGCUCCGUCCGAGGUUUACCCGUAGGUUUACCCUGGGUUCAACUUGUCAAGAAUUUCGUGUAAGCCACAGACCAGACAUAGACUUUGAGGAGGGAGAGCUUAUAGCCUAUCGGCUGCCUAGCGCUGAUAGGAAAGAACACGUUUUCCAAGCCAUCUUCGCAAAGGUCGUAAAAGAGGAAACGUUAGGUGAACUGAAAAGCAAAGAAGAGGGAGCCGAACCGAAAGCUAUCGCAUCUGGCCAAGAGCUAGCCCUGGUACCAACCGGUGGUGAAAGCUUCCAAACACAGACAGAUCUGAUUCUAGAUUUUCAACGCGUCUACGAAAUACAGGUAAAUUCUGAUGAGGAAAUCAUGCCGGUGAAAGUUACUGACCUGUACAAAAUCGACAAAAAACAAGCAGUACAGGUUAUGGAAGAGACGGAGGCUCUUCAACAUGUGACAGACGUUCUCGAGGAGGCCUGGGACUUGGAAGACGAGGAUGACCACAAGAGGGUUAUCAAUCGGCUGUUUCUGUACUGGCAUCCAGAGUCAAAUACAAGUAACGGAGACUAUGCUCGACGAGUGAGUGAACACAUCAGGGGUGAAAUCAAAAGAUUGCUUAGGGAGGACGAAGAGCUUAGACAGAAUGAAGCUGCAUCGUCAUUGUCAGUUGGAAGCAGCGCAGUCGACCAUAGGUCGUAUCAAAGAGCAAUUUCAAUGGGCUACCAUAGUGGCAUUCGCCUUGAUAAAGUGUCAUUACAUUUGAACGUCAGAGGAUCGGGACCACCAUCGUCUGUUAACCAAGGCGCCCCAAGCACGAGACCAAUACGGCUCUUCUCUACGCCGCCUGAACGUACCUCGACUGCCAUAAGCAGUCUUCCAUCGCUUCCCCAUGAUAACUCGGGAAUGAUGCAGCGUCAAGUCGUGCGAAGACGUAGACGUAGACGCAAAUUACACAAAAGGUGUUUGUGCUACUCAGACUACAUUGAAAUAUUUGCUCAACUCGAAAAAAGCAUAAUUGAACCAAGGGGUCGCAACGAAAGUCGUACCGUCGCGGUAGGAGGUUCCGAGAGUGAGUUCAGCUCCCGGGGCAGCUGCAGUAAUGGGUCACAAUCGCUAGUCGUCAUACCAAACUACGACGAGGCUCGCAGAUGGUUUCGACAGGCAAGUAAUGACUUCCAUGCUGCACGACUUUGUAGUGAUGGCAGAUUCUACAGUAACGCGGCUUCCAUGUGUCACCAAGCCACAGAGAAGGCCCUGAAGGCUGCUCUGUUUGUCGUGGAUGGAUUUCAGCAUCGAGGACAUCGGCUCACCGACUUGGCUAGGGAUGUUGUCGCACGUCAUUCUACCUUCAAUGAGGUGGUUCAGGUUGCCCAUGAACUGUCCCUCCUGAAAUGCAACAACGAAUCAACACGCUACCCAGACCUUUGGGCAAUUCCCGACAUCCCAGCAGUAGCGUACAAAAAAGACGACGUCGACAAAAUGGUAAUUCUGACAGAGAAGGUGUUGACCCACGUGGCUUCGCUGAUCCAUUGGUGAAAGCAUUCUAGACAUUACGCAGUGUGCAUCUGUACAAAUAGCGACACCUAGCGGCGUGACAACAAACUGCUACCUACAAGUUAAAGCCGGCGUCUGUAUCCCGACCUGAGAGAGGACUCUGGCAGAAGUAGUACCAGUUGCCCUUUGCCUCUCCAUGAUGACUCAAGAAUGAUUCAGCAUCAAGACUUGCCAAGAUGUCAAGUUACAGAACAAAAUAUACCCUUCAUUUUUUGGUUGCGAAAGACUGUAUGCAAAAUAGAUACGUUCAUUCUAACUGUAAAUAUGUAUAAAGUUUCAGUGUAA